CGUGGAAAUACUAUAGUGUCUGGAUGUGAAUGCAAGGAACUAUAGAUGGUCUGCAACUCUGCAAUGAUAUCUUGCCCGAGUAGUUGAACACCGUCUUUUUGUAUGUUUUGCCUUCACUGGAGCUGCCGAGUGCCGAUACAAAGACCGGGAACUCGGAGAAAUCUCAAGCCUGUGACAGUGUGACAUCAAGAUCAAGAUCAUAAGGUGGAGGAGUGGAUCCGUAACUGAGCCCCCUUAUAUAUUGAUAAAGAAAAAGGAUAAGACAGUAUGACUUCUCUAUUAUAUGUGUUAAGACUUGCAGAACAUCGAGUGUGUCUCCCGUGUGCCAGACGGUGUGUACCAGCGCCAAGUCUAAGAAACACAGGCCGGAAGUUUUUCAGCACCAGUAUUUGCCUGACAAGAGCAGCAUCAAACAGCAGUGUGAGAUCAAGCCUCAAAAGCCACACUUGUGGUGAUCUUUGUCCUCACCAUGAGGGACAAAAGGUCACCUUGAGGGGACACUUGCAGUAUCAGCGGCUGGGAAAGUUUGCCAUUCUCAGGGAUGCUUUUGGGAAAACACAAGUUUUAAUCCAAGAUGAAGACAAAGAUCUUCAGAAAAAGCUUACUGAGACGACAUAUGAGUCUUAUGUGGAGGUUACUGGCACUGUUCAUCCCAGACCUCCCAACCAGAUAAAUGAGAACAUGGCCUCAGGGAAAGUGGAGGUUGUGGCAGACUCGUAUCAAGUUCUUAGUCAGGCACGUCAAGACCUUCCUUUUCUCAUACGCGAUCAUAACAAGCCAAAGGAGCAGCUAAGGUUGAAGUAUCGCUACCUUGAUCUACGCCACAGUGAGCUACAAGCAAACCUAAGAUUGAAGUCACAGGUGUCAAAAAAAAUGAGGGAUUAUUUGCAAGACAAAGAAGGUUUUGUUGAAAUAACCACUCCAACACUCUCCAUUAAUACUCCCGGGGGAGCUCAGGAGUUUGUGGUGCCAAGCAGACAUCCAGGAAAAUUCUAUUCUUUGGUUCAGAGCCCACAAAUUUACAAGCAGCUGUCAAUGAUUGGUGGAUUUGACAGAUACUUUCAGUUUGCUGUUUGCUACAGAGAUGAAGGGGCUAAACCAGAUAGACAGCCAGAAUUCCUACAAUUAGAUAUAGAGAUGAGUGAUGUAACAAUGAAGGACAUCCAGCAGCUGGUGGAGGACCUUGUAAGAUACUCCUGGCCAGCCCAUCUGCCACCUUUACCACCUUCACUUCCUGCCAUGACUUACACAGAGGCUGUCACCUCAUAUGGAAGUGAUAAACCAGAUACUAGAUUUGAUUGGAAGCUACAAAAUGUGACACAGCUUCUCAAGACCUGUGGAGCUCCUGUCUUGGAAAAUGCCCUCCUGAAGCCUGGAAGCUCUGCAUAUUCUUUUGUCAUUCCUCAAGGACAAGAUCACAUAAACAAGAGAGUUGUAUCAUCAUGGGAAGAACUGGCACAGAAGGAAUACAGUCAAGCUGGGGUUUCAGUGUUUAGAGUGGAAAGCAAGUCAACGCUACGUGGGCCCAAUGCCAAAAAGAUUUUGCCUGACACACAGAGUGAACUAUGUAGCACUCUCAAAGCGCAUAUGGGUGAUGUGAUGGUCCUAGCAAUUGGAGAAACGGACUGUGUGCUUGGAUUGCUUGGCAGAUUACGUCUCCUUGCUGCCCAGACCCUGGAGAUGGCUGGAGUCUCUGUUCGGAAUCCAAAAAGUUUCAACUUUCUCUGGAUUGUGGAUUUUCCCCUCUUUGAGAUUGAUCCCAAAACUGGAAAGAUUAUGGCUGUCCACCACCCCUUCACUCAGCCAAGAGAGGAAGAUGUACAUUAUCUCUACACUGAUCCUUUGAAGGUCAGGUCUCAACAUUAUGACCUGGUGUUGAAUGGUUGUGAAAUUGGCGGGGGAUCCAUUCGCAUUCACAACUCAGCCAUGCAACGUUACAUUCUGUAUCAUGUCUUGGGGAUCGGAGAAUCAAGUCUUGGGUUCUUGAAUGAAGCCCUGGAGAGCGGAGCACCACCUCAUGGAGGCAUUGCCCUAGGUUUUGAUCGUUACAUCGCUGAACUAUCUGGAGCUAAGAGCAUACGAGAUGUUAUUGCAUUCCCCAAAUCUCUUGAAGGCAGAUGCUUGAUGUCUGGGGCUCCAGGAGAUAUUACUGAAGAAGAAAAACAACUUUAUAAUAUAAGUACAAAACAUGACUCUUUAGCAUAAGAAAUAACUACUAUCAUCAUGAAUUUAGAAGGCAGUGGUUUAUUAAUAAAAGAGAAAAAUCAAGUAAAA